UCGGGUCUUCAUCUCCGAACCGCGAACACCUAAAAAGGUACCCGCGACUAUCGCUCCGCUGGAUCCACUUCGGAAACCCUCCGCUAUAAACCCUGCCCUAUACCGGAACGCGCUUCCGGCAACGACCCACGAUAUCUUCAUAGAAAUCAAAUUUCCGUCGCGCUAUGAGCUCAGAGGGCUUCACGCCGAAAUUGGGGCCAUUUCACUUUUUUUUACCAAGUUUUGCAAAACUGAUUUUAUAGAUUUCUUACAUAGACGACGCAGAUCACCGGACCUACUCGUUCCUCGGAUCAACCGAUAAACUGUGAGGCCGAUUUUCGAUACGUGGAAAAUUUUGGAGAACAAAGUGUGAACGCAUAGUUUACAAUUCUCGCGUGGCUCCUUCGGAUUCGUCAAAGUCGAAAAUCCAUCGACGCUUCGGAGUAAAUUUUAAAAGAAAAAGAAAAAAAAAUAGAUCUGGAAUGACCAGGUGUAAAAUAGCAGCCAUGAAAAUACCGAUCCAUAUGAUUGGUAACCACGACGUUACGGCUGAAAAUUUACACGUAAAUUUACCGAUUCACACGUGCAGAUUGACCCUGCAGCUUAGCACUUAAAAUUAGACGAAAAAAAAAAAAGCUCGAGCAUUUGCACACCCUCUCGUCCCACGGAAAGCGAUAAUGUCUUCACCUGCUGUAACUCGUGGCUACGCCGCGGAGAUGAGAUCUCGUAACGCGUAAACGGUGCACCUGUAACGUCCGUUUGGUACAGUGACGGUUUGAGUUUUUUUUUCCAGUUCACUUCGUUUCUUCUUCGUUUCAACAGAUAUUAAAUAAGGAAGGAGAAAGUGCGCGAUGGGAGUGUUGAAACACUGCAUUUUUAAGUGUCCUCUCCUCCCGCACGCGACAGUGUGAGUAGCGAGUUAAUGACUGCGGUAAUUACAUCUGAAAACUGCACAAAACGAAGUUGACGGUGUCCGCUUUUAGCGAGUGUAUUCAGCACGAGGGAGGAAAGGAGGGAGAGAAGAAGAAGAACGAGUAGACGGUGUAGCUAGUGCUUUUUUUUUCUAAUUUUAAGCUUUAAUUAUACGUGCUUGAACUCGUUAACCAGCGUCAUUUACGAUGAGGCGACAUUCGCAAGGUAGCGGCGCGGUUCACGGUGACGUAACGCCGGGACGAUGAGGCACGCGAUGCUGCGUUUCGUCGAGACUGGACAAAAAUCUACGUCUCGCACACCGUCGGAAUCGAUCGCCGUCUUGUGAAAUCCGUUUGAGUUAGUUAUUCCACUCGAUUAAAAAAUCGCUCCGACUGAAUGGCGAGUAAAAUCGGCUAGACGGUGGUUCCCGUGAACGUAAAUUGUGCAGUGAGAAAAAGCCUCGAGUUGAAGUUUUCCCCUUAAAUCGUGAUGGUAUGAGCCGGACAGUGGCGAUCGGAAGUUGCGUGCCCAGCGAGGUGGAGGAUGAAGAUGGUUGUGGGUGUGAUGGUGCUGGGUCAGCUACUGACAAGGUUGCUGCUAGCAGCUCACGCUGGAGAUCGGCUCGCCGCUGCCCGCAGGAUACUGAGGGACGUUCCCUUGAUAGAUGGGCACAACGACCUUCCGUGGAACAUUCGAAAGUUUUUGAAAAAUCAACUCAGGGACUUCAGGUUUGAGGAUCUAAGGGACGCUCAUCCCUGGGCGCGAAGUGCCUGGAGUCACACCGAUCUUCGAAGACUGAAGGACGGAAUGGUAGCCGCACAGAUUGAGAUUAGGGAGAGGUGAAACGAGAUGAACGUUGUGCGGACACCUUCAUGGAAAAAAUUCGUGGCUGGAUUUGACCAGAAGAUCCAUGAAGUAAGAGAAGUGCCCUACGAUCGAUUUCGAAAAAAGUUCUGGUCCGCCUACGUACCAUGUUCAUCGCAGUACCUCGACUCCGUACAACUUGCCUUGGAACAAAUCGACCUCAUACGUCGCCUCGUUAACAAACAUCCCCAGAACAUGGUGCUCGUCACAACAGCGGCAGGUAUAGAAAUCGCUCACAAGGAGGGUCGACUGGCGAGUUUAAUCGGCGUCGAAGGUGGUCACGCCGUGGGAAACAGUCUCGCCGUUCUAAGGAUGUUGUACGAAUUGGGUGCUCGGUAUCUCACGUUAACGCACACCUGCAAUACGCCUUGGGCAGACUGCAGCACAGUGGAUGAACCAGGCCAAGUACCCCACGUCGGAGGGUUAUCGAAUUUUGGGAAGAGCGUCGUUUUGGAAAUGAACAGGCUGGGGAUGAUGGUCGAUCUCUCGCACGUGUCGGUGCCAACGAUGCUGGACGCGAUGGACGCGUCGAGAGCUCCGGUUAUAUUUAGUCACAGUAGUGCCCACGCUCUUUGCAAUUCCUCGCGAAAUGUGCCUGACCAUGCGCUGCGCUUCCUCGCUCGAAACGGGGGAAUAGUGAUGGUCUCAUUUUACCCGCAUUUCAUCAGCUGUGGGGAAAAAUCCACUCUUCAAGAUGUCGCCACGCAUAUCAACCACAUUCGAAAAGUGGCCGGCAUAGAUCACAUAGGUAUCGGAGCUGGCUACGAUGGAAUCAAUUUGACUCCCGUUGGUUUGGAGGACGUAAGCAAAUACCCGGACCUUUUUGCGGAGCUACUGGCAAGAGGAUGGUCGGAAAAGGAUGUUCAAAAACUAGCCGGUCUCAACCUCAUCAGGGUAUUCAAAGCCGUUGAGCAGGUGAGAGACCGGAUGGCCGGCGAAGGAAUUGAGCCAUUGGAGGAGGAGAUACCUCGAGACGAUGUAAUAGGAAGAUUAUACUGUCGAUAUCCGAUAAUGCCACCAACAAUUCCUUGAAACAACAUAGUCCAUCGUAUUUAACUGGACGUCAAAUAUCAUUGUAAUCUACAGAGGGGAUGAAUCUACUGAACAAACUUCAUGAAAAUUACCCACCAUCAAAUUUCUGCAUCUUAAAAAGAAAUAAAACGACAAUGUAUACGUUAACGUAUAUGUGUAUAACAUGAAAUGUUAUUCGAAAAUUGAAACACGCGAUUUGAUAAUUGCAAAAGUUCAAAAGUUCCUCCAUCGCAUGCGGACGGAUGCAACUAUAUCAAUAAAUAUUAAACCGCAAAGUGCAGACUGUUGUGUAAUAUUAUAAUUGAUCACACUUACAAUUUUGCAGGAAUUCAAAAGUUACGAUUGAGUAGGGAAAAAGAAAGACAAAAAAAAUGUCUAAACUCCGUCGCGAAACGACAAACGAUAAAAGCGUAUAAAAGUAAUAUUAGUAAUAAUAAUAAUUACAAUAAUAACAAUAAUGAUACUAAUAAUAACGGUAACGAUAAUGAUUACAAUAAUAAGGGGUCUGUGUGAAAGAAAAAAUGCAUAGAUUACACGUUCUUUGUAUAUAUUGCAUGAAUCGUCUCCAGUUGCGUUAUAGGGCGGGUUCGAUGUAAUCAACUAAAUUUCAUCACGGUGGAUAUAACUGAUGAAGAUUUAUUAUACGCGGGUAUUGUGCAUACAUACCUUAUUAAAGUAAAAAUUUAAAAGCCCUCUCAUAAUAGUAAUUAAUUAAAUAUACAUAUAAAUAUAUAAUGUACUCUUCAAUUGAUAUAUCUAUUGUUUAAGAAGUUUGUUAUAUACGACGAAAGACCCGAUGUAAUAACAUCAUACAGUAUAGGCAACGGUCGAUAUGAAAUAAUACAUAGAUGAAUAAAAGUGAGUGAUAUAAACGCAGCGCACGCUGCGUGACGAAAAUGUGUUUGUAUAUAUAAAUAAUCGUUACGCGUAAAGUGAAAUAACGAAAAUUAGGAUUUUCGGUACAACUAACUACAAGAAGAAAACAAAGAAGAAAAACGUUAAAACCAAGUAAAAAAAAAACUCACGUAAAUUUUAUCGAUUAAUUUAUCUCUCACUGCGAAACGAACGUCGCAACUACAUGACAUGUAACGUGAAUAAGAAUCACAGGUGUUUCAUACUCGAAGAAAAUGAAAUUUUGAUUUAAAUUAUACACGCACAAUGAUAUAUUAUACUGUGAACAUAAAAUUGAAAAAACGAAAAUCGAUAUUCGAUUAUAAAUGAAAGGAUAAACAAAAAGAAAAGAACAACAGAAUUGUAAUUCGUUGACCAACAAAUUUGUAUAAAUGUAAUUGUCAUCACAUGUACAUCCUCCUCGCCUCACUUUUUCAUUUGUACUCAUGGAAAACAAAUUUCGUUCCGCAGCUGGCUACCGUACGAGAUAUAACCUGAAGUGAGCUUUUUUCAUUUUUGCUACAUCAUAUACGACCACUGACAUGUACAUACGACCCACAGGUAAAGAACAUUACAAAUACUUAAUUGAGAGGGGAAAAAAAAUUACCACGCUGCAAUUUCAUCACAGAUUUUUAAUAAGCUUAAUUCAAGAGUCAGGCCCUACGUUUCAUUCGAGAUUGAAAAACGAAACGAAACAUUGAAAUUAUGUUUCCCCAUUUUUUUUUUUUUUUUUUUUUCUUCAUUUCCUUUCUAUUCAAAAUUCAUCAAUUACACGCAUAAUUCCUAUAUAGUGAAAAGUAUUUAUACAUUAUUAAUUACACACAGCUCCCGAUGUAAUAAAAUAAGCGUGCGCCGAGUUCAUAAUUUGACUAAGGUAAUUUUGGAAGACCUAUAGCUAGGUGUAUAUAUUUUGGGGUAUCAAAGGUAUAUAAGUAUAUAUAUAGCACGUAUAAUAGCCUGCUGUACUUUAUUAUAUACAUAUUUACCUUGUAAAGCGAUUCAUUGAGGAAAUAAUGUAGGCGCGCGGAUGCCCGAUGUACUAUAUCUAUAACAACCUGCGAAAAUAGCUGCACGUGUCUAAUUAAACGCCAAGAGGACUAAUGAGUUAAUGGCUCGAGCAAUUUGCUUUUAACGAUUUUUAAUUGAAAAUCAUUCCCCCCUCUCGGUACACCCCCCUCACAAAUUUAUUCGUAUAAACACGAGGACUUAAUAACAGUGUUUCGUUAUUUCCGUUGUGACGUAUAGGUAAUCGCAGCUAAUUUCAUUGGAUUUCAAUGAAAUAAAGCGAAUAAUUGAGCCGUUCAUUUUUCGCGAAUUACCUGUAAUAAUGACUAAUUAAUAUCAUGUGAAAUACAAAGGUUUCGAUUUUUAUUCUCUGAAA